AUGUAUCCUCACUGGACCCUUGUAGAGGAGUUGCUUUUAUUCGACGCUCUGGACUACCUUGCCAAAAAGCCUUUCUCUACCGUCGUUCAGGUCGUCGCAGAAGCUCAUUCGCACUUUCUUGAAAACAACGGUAAAUCGGGGGUAUCUGCCCGCACCACUACGCAGAUACAGAACAAGGUCAAUGGAAUUUCUCGCAAACUCGGGAUCAAACCAGAACAACUUCUCCGAAACUGGGAAGACUAUAGAUCCCAAGUGCGCGAGGGAUUCGAGCGAAGGGGGCAAACAUCCACACCGAAAAAACGCAGGCUGAAAACAGUGGCAAAGUCGAUUACUGGAAGCGAUACUUCCCAAAGCAAAGACGACGACAGGGUCACUGUUGCUCCUGCAGAUGAAGUCAGAGAAAGCCCUCCUCCAGGGUCGCCAAUCGCCCCAACAACCAGUCCCCUUUCCGACCUCGACCAUUUCCACCUUCCAGACAGCGAGCUGGACACAGAUUUCCCUUUCCGCCGUUAUUCUAUGGCUCUUGAAGAAUGGGAGUUCAACUUCCUCAACUAUCUUCGAGAGCACCGUGGUGACACAGGUUACAUGGCUCCUCUUCCUAAACAACACAUUCAAAAUAUCCUGCAGAAAACCAUGAAACUAAUCGACGAAAGCUUCUCUCACUUCGCGCUGGGAACCAGAACAGUGAUGCCGACUUCCUCAGGACUGACGGGAGAGGCGCUCGAACUAAGUUGUCUGUUGGUUGAUUCGCCUAGAGACGGACCGACGGACCGACGUCUGAAGGCCCUGAUCGCCGGACCCCACAUGUGCGACCAGAUUCUAUUCCGUGCUUACACCGCUGCGGCAAUAUACGAAUGGGUACUUAAACCAUUUGACGACAACCUCAGACAUAUCCCCUCGCCCAAUUGUGAGCAAUGCACGAUUUUCAACAUCUGCGAGCAGUACAACCACUACAUCGCCCGCAAUGUGAGUGUCAAGAGAGCAAACCAGUACAUCGACAAAGUCAUCAGACCAGCGCUGCCGAGACGAGCGUCAGAAAUCCAAGAGAAGCUCUACAAGGUUCUCAUCAGCAUUUCCAUCCCCUCGGCAAGGGUUGGCAAACCGGAGAACAAAGGGUUUGAGCUUCAAGACCAGAAACUGCGCCAGUGGCAAGAGCACGUGGAAGCCGCGCUCCUCGAUCUGCUAGAUAUGAGGACCACCAUGGCGAAGUGCUCGCUGGUGUACGGCUUCCGGCUUCCGGCUGUCGGAUGCCUGUUUGAUGGGGAUUGGAUGGAACCGGCACAUCCAGAAAACGAAGGAUUCGCGCGGGAUGACCAUGUCUACCUGUGUCUGCGUCCAGCUGUGUUCGCUCAAAAUCGGCUAGAAAACACCGCACCACCGGUCUUAGUAUCCCCUGCUCUGGUGAUGCUCGAAGGCUACGAGGUGGAUUUGACAAUGACGUGAUUUUCUCCAGGCGACGGAAUGGUGGUGCUGUUGCCAACCUGGGCGUCAAUCUGCUUUACGGUGGAUUCUUUCCUACACGGAAUUCCCCAAAGUUACCGAAGGACAGCUGAGAAAGUGUGGAGUCUGCAUGCCUGAUCUGCGCGACCGUUUGUGUGCUGGGGAAUCAGUUGAAUCGGGAGGAGAGGAAAGGGAACUCGCGAUAUCUGCCCUCGCUCAAUCAAAGAAGUAUCAGGGUUACAGGGAACUCGGCUGUAUGUCAGAUGCAGUUGAUGAGCUUUUUGGUCGGCAAAAAUCUCGUGGGCAGCACUAUCAAGCUGCACUCAUUUUGCUGGUCCAUAACAGCCAGAGCAAUUUCAUCUAUAUAGCUAUCCUGCCGGGCUCACACUUUCG